AUGUCGGCCGACAGCCCGGGACAGAAGCAGGGCUUCCGGUCCAUGUUCGCCAAUGCGCUGCGCCCCAAGAAAUCCCGUCAAACCCUCCGGAAGGGCAGUCGAUCGACGACCGACCUGCGGCUGGCCGCACGUCCCAGCGUCGACGAACCGCCUCCGAUGCCGGAUCUCGCACCUUUGCAGGCGCAUCGUGAGAAGUAUAAGCAGAUGCACGCGAAUGUCGAUACGCAAUUGGGUGAACGCCGCGACUAUACUACUAUCAUUCACUCGUUGGGCUUGUUGGAUCCGGACGAUGGGUACGGGCCUGCGGGGGAGAAUAAUGAGCAUCGGGAACCCGGGGAGGGGGAUAUAAUGAAGUUGCCGCCGAGGCUGUGGGCUCGAAUUGCUUGGUAUCUGAAUCCUGCUGAUGCGGCGAGCUUGGCGAUUGCGACGAUUACGCUGUACCGUCGUUUGGGACCGAGGUAUUUCCUGGCUCUGGAUGCGACGCAGAACUACGAGCAUAAGCUUGAGUUUCUGAUACGGAUUGAUCAAUCGCUUCCGCACCACUUGCUCUGUUUCCCAUGCGCACGAUACCAUCGGCGCACGCAGGAGGGCCAGGAACGUAUCAAGCCCUCGCAUGUUAUCAACCCGCUAUUCAACUGUGCCAAUGCGUAUAACGCGUUGAACCCGCCACCACGACAUCGCAUCACCCAGGGCAGGAUGCUUCCAUUUUCAUUUGUUCAGCUCGUGAUGCGCUCGCGAAGAUUCGGUCCGAAAUACGGUAUUCCCGCGGAGGAUAUGGGUCGGCGCUGGCAACGAGACGGGUGGUCAUUUAGCUCACGCUUUCACAUCCAUGAUGGCCGACUCUUGAUGAAAGUUACCAGUCAGACUUUCGCGGCACCAGAUCUCCCGCCAUCGUCACAGCGACUACUUCUUUUCUCUCGUGACGACUACUGGCCCUACUUCUCCGCCUGUGCGCACUGGCGCGACGGCGAACUAAUGCCCGCCUGCAAGUGUGCGCUCGGUCAUAUCCCCAGCCCGAGGCAAACGGGUGGCCUCCAGGGAGUGGAGCAUAAAGUCAAGGAUCGGUGGAAGGGGCAGCACUUCGACCCGAAUUCCCUAACGACCCUUUGCGGAUUCUGUCGGCCCAUGCGUCGCUGUCCCGAGUGUCCAACAGAAUAUCUCAUCGAGGUAAAACUUUCCGAGGACCGCAGUGACCCGCGCAGUGUCAUGUUUAAGCAGGCUAUUGUCGUGACACGCUGGACUGAUUUGGGCGAUGGCACAAGUCCCCAUGUUCCGGAGUGGGGUGCUAUCAAUGGACUACGCGACGACUACGAUGCAUUCCACCAUCCGCACUAUGCAAAACGUGGGAUCGCGAGUAUUUUCGAGGCCGCUUUCACUGCCGAUGCGCUUCCUGGCCAACGAGUAAUCUCUCUCAAUCCUCAAAAGAAAAAGUUGGGUGAGAAAGGAAAUAGUUGGUACUAG